AGGGUAUAUAAACACUAAUUACUUAGACCAUCUAAGUUCCUGCUUCAUCUCUGGUAAUCACACAACCAUGGCUACAAAAAAGGAGCACAUACAGACACCAUCCAAGGCCUCUUCUCCAGCCAUGAAUGACUUUAGCACUGCGCAAAUUGAAGACAUCCGAGAUGCCUUCUCACUGUUCAUUAAGUCACCCAAGGGUGAAAUCUCACUUGGUCAGUGUGGGGAUGUGAUGAGGGCUUUGGGUCUGAACCCUACCAAUGCAGAAAUCUUUAAAGUGGUGGGGACAUCAAACCCUGAUGAGCUUAAAUACAAGUUAAUCAAUUUUGAGACAUUCCUGCCCAUGUUCCAGCAAAUGUCAAAGUCUUCAAAAACUGGCAAAUAUGAGGAAUUUGUGGAGGCACUACUUGUCCUUGACAAGGAAGGCAAUGGCACAAUCAUGUGUGCCGAACUCCGUCAAAUGCUUCUCACACUUGGUGAACAGUUAACUGUGAGUGAAGUGGACCGCAUUUUUGCAGGACAGGAAGAAACAGAUGGCUUCAUCAGCUGUGAAGCUUUUGUGAAACACAUCAUGGCAGAAUGAAGGACUGACUCAGUUCUGAACAGUACACCAACAGUAGCUGCCUGAGCAAGACUUGAAGUGUAAAGUGUGUCAUUCAUCAUGGAAGUCUGCUGACUCAAAAGGCCUGCAAAUGAAUCAGACCUGCAUCAAAUGCCUUAGAAUUGAUUUAAUGGCUAUAAAUAGUUGAAUGGUUAUAUAUAGAUGUUAAAUGUAGAAAAUGCUGUAAGGUUAAAUGAGAUUAAAAGUAUGUU